UCUUUUUCUAUUCUGGUCCAUUUCAGAGCCCGAUCCGAGCACUGUAAAAGUUCAAAAUUUGAACUACACAGAGCGUAACACGAGCACAUUAGAGCAAUUUGAUUAUCUGAUCUCGUGGCAGAAACCUCUCUUUAAAGAAAGCAGUGUUAGCAAAUACAUGAUAAGUUACAAACGUACUGGGAAUCCAGACAGGCAAAAACUGUGGCAGUUUAAGAAGGCGGAGACGUUCUUUCCCGUGGACGACUUAAUACCUGGAGACAAGUUAGAGAUAGAGGUUACACCAGAAUUUGUCGUCAAUGUUAUAAAAGGAAUUGCAACACAAACAACUAUCGAGCCACGGAGUCCAGAAAACAAGGAAAUACAGGUAGGAAACCUUCGUUCGGGAUCAUUUGUUGAAGACCAAGAAAGCAACACAUUCAGCGUGAAUUUCACUUGGGAAAGUCCCUCGUUCAAGCACAGCAUCGUGCACUCCUAUACUAUGUCCUACGAAUUUGACGGUUAUUCAAGAGAACAGAUUUCCUGCUCGCCCGGUUUAGUGAGAGACACUGAUCGUUCAGGAUGUUCCAAGAGUGGAGUGGUAAGUUAACUUAUGUCAUUGGAUCAUGAACCGUUAAUGAAAAU